AUGAAGUCGUUCUCGAGUUCGGUGAUCAACAAAUCGGGCAAAAAAUUCGCCCCCAAGGCGCCCCCUCGCCGAGGCGGGCCUCCGCCUGCAAGACGGCCCAGUGCGACUCAACAGAACCAAGCGCAGGCUGCUCAGGCUUCCCAGCAAGAAAAGGCUCCGGCGACCUCUUUUCCUCCGCCUUACGCCUCUCCCGCUGAGCCAGAAGGGCCUGCAGUCGCGGAGGAAGGACCGGUUGCGGCGCCUGACGCGCAAAAACCCGCGACCCCAGCUCCUUCAAAGCCUACAGCCACAGCUAUCCCGAUACCUCUCCCGAAGCGCAAAGCGUCAAUAUCCCAACCUACAAAAUCUACUUCGCAAGAUGCGACUUUUGCGAUUGCCCCUCCGACUCCAUCUGCUCCAUCCUUGCCUAGCGCACCACGCCCCGAACCCCAGCCCCGCCCGUCAAUAGAGCACAAGCCAGCGCAGUCUGUACCUGAACCCACUAGUCUUGAGGCUACUCAGGAUUCACAAAAUGUCGAGAUUCCGAGCGAAGGCCCUCUUCCGCCAGCACCCGCACCCGAACCUCAACCUCGAGAUACUCCCUCAGCCCCAACUCCGAUUCGCCCCACGAAACGGGCUUCGAAAGUAUCAGAAAAGAAUGCCAGUUCACGAGGAAAGGCUCCUGCGCUUGCAACCCCGCCAUCUUCCCAGCCCCUAGUUCCCACGAUUGAAGAGCCAAGUGGGAUACCCAGUGCAUCUGUGGCCCCCUCCACUCCAGAACCGAGCAAGACAGCCGCUAAAACAGCCGCAAAGACAAGAAAGCGAAAAGUUUCAAAGGCCGAGACAUCCGAGGCGGAGGGUGGGGCCGAAAAUGCGAAACGAAACCGCCGCAAGAAACGCGAGCCAACCCCAGACGGUGCAGAGACGGUGGAAAUCCUGCCGAACGUUGUAAAGAUGUCGGAGUUGUGCAAGGAUCUCAAAACCGGGAGAAAGUCGAAGCGGGAGACUGAGCUGCAGAAGAUAGACUUGGCCGAGCAAGAGCGGAAACAAAAGGCGCACGAGGAAGGCUCUAAUGCCCCACCAACGCCAGUCAAGGAAAGCAAGGAGCCAGAAUCGAGCCAGCAAGACCGGUUACCCGAUGUGAAGACCCAGUCGGGUCCCGUGAUGCGAAUCGUCAACGGCGAGAUUGUCCUCGAUACUGCGUCUUUGCAAGUGGAUCGUCAUGCGGAUGCCGCCCGGAGCGCGGGCGACCUAGAAGAUGUGGUGGAAAGCUCGUUCACCCGCAAGGUCAACCAGGCCUCAUAUGGCAAACGGUCAAAGACUGAAAGCUGGGACGAGGAUAUGACGGAUCUGUUUUACCGUGGGCUGCGGAUGUUUGGCACUGAUUUCAUGGUGAUCAGCAAGAUGUUCCCGGGCCGGUCUCGGCGGCAGAUCAAGCUUAAGUUCAACAAUGAGGAGCGCCGGGAUCCGCAGAAGAUCAAGGACACACUUCUUGGUCCGCGUGAGACUAUCGACAUUGCGACUUAUUCUGAGAUGACCAACACGGUUUACGAUGAUCCCAAGGUCAUCCAGCAAGAACUUGACGAGGAGAAGAGGGUCAUUGAGGAGCAGCACAGCAAGGAAAAGCAGAUGCAGGAGGAGCUGUUGCGCAAUCCCACUGGCGCCACCGAAACGGAUGGGGCCCCCGAGGCUGACAAGACCAACGGUGGCCCGGCCAAGAGCAAGUCGCGCAGCAAGAACCAGACAAAGAAGGCGGGCGGUGGAACUGAACAGGUUCUGGGGUCUAUCGAUGAUAUUCCCAUGGUUGCUUAG